CGCUAGUGUGUCUUUUCUCUUCAAUAUAAAGUGAAAACGUGCAAUUUUGUCGUCUUUUACUACGCAGUUACGCUCACAACAUUGUCAGUAGUUUUAACCUGCACGGCACGUGGACUUUCCACACGAGUGCAACGUUAUUUCAAUUUAACCGUAAAUACAAUCAAACAUGGGCGAUCCUUUACAAUUAAACCAUAUCGACAUGUUAUCCCUUGAGGAUGGAAUGACUGCCAAGGAAAUGAUCGAAAAGGGAAAUGGUUUGACUUACAAUGAUUUCAUUAUAUUGCCUGGAUUUAUAGACUUUGCUGCUGAUAAUGUGGAUUUGAGCUCUAGACUCACUAAGCGUAUUACUUUGAAAGCUCCAUUGGUUUCGUCUCCUAUGGAUACAGUCACAGAGUCUGAUAUGGCUAUAGCUAUGGCACUCUGUGGAGGUAUUGGAAUAAUUCAUCAUAAUUGUCUCCCGGAGUACCAAGCAAAUGAAGUUCUUAAAGUAAAAAAGUAUAAACAUGGUUUUAUACGCGAUCCAGUUGUAUUGUCGCCUAACAAUACAAUUGCAGAUGUUGUAAAAGUGAAGAAAGAGCAUGGUUUUUCCGGCGUACCAGUUACAGAAAAUGGAAAACUUGGUGGAAGAUUAUUGGGAAUUGUGACAUCACGCGAUAUAGAUUUCUUGGAUUCGAAAGAUAAACAAGAUACAAAGCUAGAUACAGUGAUGACAAAAUUUGAGGAUUUAAUAACUGCAAAAGCUGGGGUAACUUUGGCAGAAGCAAAUAGUAUUCUUGAAAAAAGUAAGAAAGGAAAGUUACCAAUAGUUAGUCCCCAAGGAAAUUUAUUAUCACUUAUGGCUCGAACUGAUUUAAAAAAAUCAAAAAGUUAUCCUAUUGCUUCGAAAGAUGAUAACAAACAACUUAUCGUCGGGGCUGCUAUUGGAACUCGCGAUGAGGAUAAACAUCGGUUGCAACUUCUUGCACAGGCCGGAGUGGACGUUGUCGUUUUGGAUUCAUCUCAAGGAAAUUCCAUUUAUCAAAUCGAAAUGAUUAAAUAUAUUAAGAAAACAUAUCCUAAUUUACAAAUAAUUGGAGGGAAUGUUGUGACUAUAAAGCAAGCUAAAAACUUAAUAGAUGCUGGAGUUGACGCGUUACGAGUUGGUAUGGGAAGUGGUAGCAUUUGUAUAACUCAAGAAGUGAUGGCUGUGGGAAGACCUCAAGCAACAGCAGUAUAUAAAGUAGCUGAAUAUGCGAGACAUUUUGAUGUUCCAAUUAUCGCGGAUGGUGGCAUCCAAUCCAUUGGAUAUAUUAUUAAGGCUUUGUCAUUGGGGGCGUCUACAGUUAUGAUGGGAUCUCUUUUAGCAGGCACUUCAGAAGCUCCUGGGGAAUAUUUCUUUUCUGAUGGGGUUAGAUUGAAAAAGUAUAGGGGUAUGGGUAGCUUGGAAGCUAUGGAUAGAAAAGACGCUAUGGGAUCUGCUAUGAAUCGAUAUUUUCAUAGCGAGGUUGAUAAAUUAAAAGUUGCUCAAGGUGUCAGUGGAUCAAUAGUGGAUAAAGGAUCAGCUUUAAGGUUUGUUCCAUACUUACAGUGUGGCUUACGGCACGGUUGCCAAGAUAUAGGGGCAAAAUCCCUUUUCCUUCUGCGCUCGAUGAUGUACACCGGAGAAUUACGGUUUGAGAUGCGAUCGCAUUCCGCUCAAUUGGAGGGUAACGUUCAUGGACUUUUCUCAUACGAAAAACGAUUAUUUUAAAAGCAAUUUUCGGUAUUUAUAAAAAAAUUUAAAAGAUAAACUAUUGGUGUUCGUAUUUACAUGUUAUAAUCUGUAAUAUUUAGGCUGAUGACCCCUGUUAAGGACGCGUUCCUUUUUUGUCUAUAAAUGUAAACUGACUAUCUAUGGACCAAAACUAAAUAUUUUUUAAUUUAA